GCGUGGCCACGCUGCCGUUGUGGAGGUUUUUUUCUAAUUUCAACGUUGGAGACGGAGAGAGAGAGAGAGUGAAGUUUGCGGUCCGGAGAAAUUCGGCAACCACGGAUUUCUUGUGGGACAAGCACACUGGGCUGGCUGCGAAGACGAUGCCUCGUUUGAGGCGGUACCGUUCGUCAGAGCGGGAGAGCCGGGACAGUUACCACGAUCGUUAUAGGAGAAGCAGGCGUGGGAGACGGAGAUCCCGGUCCCGUUCGAGGAGCAGUGAUAGAGACAGGCGGCACAGGAAUGAAAGUUACAUCAGGUCCAGGAGUAUAGAGAACUGUUCGUGCGACAGGCGACUGUACAAUGAGAGGAGGUACUGUGACGCUUACAGGGGCAACUACAGCCGAGACCAGGGAGAUGGCUACCACGAGUCGGACUACUGCUCUCGCAACUCAUACGACUACCGGCGUUCACAGGACCGGGACAGGAGCUACAGGAGUCGGAAGAGCAGCAGACGUAAGCACAAACGGCGGCGCCACAGAAGCAGGUCAUAUAGCCGUUCCUCCUCGCGGAGUCAUCAGAGCAGCAGAAGGGCCAAGAGUGUGGAAGAUGACAACGAGGGCCACCUGAUCUAUCGCAACGGCGACUGGCUACAAGAACGAUAUGAAAUUGUUAACACUUUAGGUGAAGGAACCUUUGGGAAAGUCGUACAGUGCAUUGACCACCGAAGGAGUGGUUCUCGGGUGGCUCUUAAAAUAAUUAAGAAUGUGGAAAAGUACAGAGAAGCUGCCCGGCUAGAAAUUAAUGUACUGGAGAAAAUCAAUGAGAAGGAUCCAGAAAACAAAUUUCAAUGUGUACAGAUGUUUGAUUGGUUUGAUUACCAUGGCCAUAUAUGUAUAUCUUUUGAAUUACUUGGCCAGAGCACCUUUGAUUUCUUGAAGGAUAACAAUUAUACGCCAUAUCCUAUUCACCAAGUGAGACACAUGGCCUUUCAGACUUGCCAUGCAGUUAACUUUUUACAUGACAACAAGCUCACUCACACCGAUUUAAAGCCAGAGAACAUUCUUUUUGUAAAUUCCGACUAUGAAGUUGUGUGUAAUGUAGAAAAGAAGCGUGAAGAGCGAGUGGUUAAAAACACAGCGACCAGAGUUGUAGACUUUGGCAGUGCCACCUUUGACCAUGAGCAUCACAGCACUAUAGUCUCCACAAGACACUAUAGAGCACCAGAAGUCAUAUUAGAGCUUGGGUGGUCCCAGCCAUGUGACGUGUGGAGCAUAGGCUGUAUCAUUUUUGAAUAUUACCUCGGCUUUACACUUUUCCAGACUCACGACAAUCGAGAGCAUUUGGCCAUGAUGGAAAGAAUCCUUGGUCCAAUCCCUGCGCGAAUGAUCAGAAAGACCAGAAAACAGAAGUAUUUCUAUCAUGGCCGCUUGGAUUGGGAUGAAAGCAGUUCGGCUGGAAGAUAUGUCAGAGAUAACUGCAAACCGUUGAAACGAUACAUUAUCGCAGAGAGCGAGGAACACUGCCAACUUUUUGAUUUGAUCGAGCGUAUGUUGGAGUACGAACCAUCCAAAAGGAUAACUCUGGCAGACUGUCUGCGGCAUCCUUACUUUGACUGUCUCAAAACUGAACAGAAAAACACAAAAGGCUGGGACUCCAAUCGAGAUAUCAGUCUCGUGCAUGUUCGUUCCAGUACAUCUUCCCUUCAACAAGACCAGGGUCCUGCUGGCCCAUCUCUUGGGAGCCUGUGGGCCUACAGCCGGCACCCCUGGUGCAAGAUGAGCUCUCUGGUGAAGCUGGCAUUCGGUGACUCAGUGGGGCAGUUGAUGUGUUGCAUGUCACCACCAUCAGAUGGCAAAACCACGGGCGCCAGCAAACUUGGAAAACUGAGCCGAGAGGACUAUCGGAGGCAUCUGCAGGCACUGGAGGAAGAAAAGAAGAAGCGGGAUGAGGACUUUGCUCGGAGGAAAGUGGAGAGAGCGGCCAUGAGAAGCCACAUGAGACAGAAGUACCAGCUUGGCCAGAACGAGAAGGACGCCCAGCAGCUGAAAGCAGUGAAGGGGAGGGUUCACCUGGCUGAGGACCUGGUUACUAUCGUCAAUGUGGGGAGGACGCCAGGGACUGCUCCCCGGCUGCUUGGAGCGCUCCCUGGGCUCCCGGAGACUAACCUGACUGAGCUAACCAACACAGCCCAGGCCACCAUCAACCAACUGCGCCAGACAACGGAGAGACAUGAGGGGCAGGGAGUCCAGCCGUAUGAGGACAUCCCCUCGACUGCGAGCAGCGGCUGGCUGAACCUGUACCGCCUGUGGAGAAGUGACGGGCUCCGCAACAUGCACCUGGUCAUGACCCACAACUUUAACACCCUCGGACCCAUCUACAGGGAACGGCUGGGAAGGAUGGAGACCGUCAACAUCUACCUCCCCAAGGACAUUGCUCUGCUCUUUCAGUCGGAGGGGUCUUUACCCAAGAGAAUGAUGCUGGAUGCCUGGGUGGCCCACCGGGAAUAUCGGAACCAGCAGCGUGGGAUCUUCCUGAUGAAUGGAGAGCAAUGGAGAAAGGAUCGACUGGUCCUGAAUAAGGAGGUAAUCAGUCCAAUCGCUGUCAGUAAGUUUGCCCCUCUCCUGGAGGCAGUGACGCUGGACUUCACACGCUAUAUUGACCAACGUCUGGAGGCAGGUGAUGGUGUCACAGAGGUCAACAUGAUGCCCGAUCUCUUCCGAUUCGCUCUGGAGUCCAACACUCUGUUUCUAGCCAGUUUCCAGAUGUUGUAUGGAGAACGACUCGGUUUGUUCGCUGACCAAGCGUGCCCCAGCUCCGAGCGAUUCAUCAGAGCGAUCGAGAAGAUGUUGAGUACGACCAUCCCCCUGCUGCAUCUGCCAGUGAAGCUGGUGAAGUGGCUGAACAUCAAACCCUGGAGAGAUCAUGUGGCAGCAUGGGACACCAUCUUCGAGCACACUGACCAGUGUAUCCAGCGGUUCUCCCAGAAGAUGAAGAAUGUUCCGGAAGCACAGUGGCAGUACUCGGGAAUUUUCGCAGAACUCUUACUUCACUCCAAGCUCCCGCUUGACACGAUCAAGGCCAAUGUGACGGACCUGAUGGUUGGGAGUGUCGAUACGACGGCACACAGCCUUCUAUUCACACUAUUUGAGCUGGCACGAAACCAGACCCUCCAAAGCACACUUCGCACUGAAGUCACUGCGGCGUACCAAGAGGCUCACGGUGAUGUGUGUAAGUUACUGCGCUCAGUUCCACUGCUCAGGGGAGCAAUCAAAGAAACUUUACGACUGUACCCCGUUGGACUCACUCUGCAGCGUUAUGCAGCUAAGGACAUGGUCAUUCAGAACUACCACAUUCCAGCUGGUACUGUGGUGCAGGCUGGGAUUUACUCUCUGGGUAGGAACCCCGAAAUCUUCCCCGAUCCUGAGAGUUACGACCCGAGGAGGUGGUUAACCAGUGAGAGCACCCACUUCCAGGCCAUUUCCUUUGGGUUCGGGAUGCGCCAGUGUAUUGGACGCAGAGCUGCGGAGACGGAGAUCAGCCUCUUUCUAAUCCACCAGAUUUUAAGAAAGUUCCAGAUUGUCACAAGGUCCAAAGCUGAUGUCAAACUAAUUUAUGCGUUCAUCGUGAUGCUGAAUGACCCGCCUCUGCUUGCCUUCAGACCCAUUGACCUACAGGAGCAGAGCUGGGCGGGGCCGUGUCGGAAGCUCGAGCCGCCCGCAGGACGAGCCGAAAGCGGUUGUAACCGUCACCCCGAUCCCGCCGUAUCCGGAGCCCAGCCCGAGCCCGAGCCUCUCCUCAGCGGCCCGGGCACUGCCGGCUCCAUACACUCCCGCGCCGACAUGUCGCGCCAGCCGAAUGGUAGAAGCAGCGGCCCCGAUAUUAAUCCCUUCGAGGACCCAGCAGUGCUUGAACACAGCGUGGAGCAUCAACAGCCUGCCAUGAACCAGCUUUAUAACCCCUUUGAGGGAAACAGAGGGCCCCCUCCUUCAUACCGGGCUGCGUCCAUCAUGACAACUCCACUGCCUCCGUCCCAGCCUCCAGAGCGACCUCCUGUGCCUGCCGUCUGUCAAAACCCCAGGAGUCCAGUGGAACAGCGGACAUAUGGAACCCAGAAGCCUGCGACAAUUCUCACGGCGGACCUGCUGAAGCAGCAGGAAGAGCUGGAGAAGAAAGCAGCUGAGUUAGACCGGAAGGAGAGGGAACUACAGAAUGCUGCCAUUCCAUCCAGCACAACUGUGAAUAAUUGGCCUCCGCUGCCUUCCUUCUGCCCAGUCCAACCCUGCUUCUAUCAUGAUAUUAGGACGGACAUUCCCCAUGAUUUUCAGAAGACUGUAACCGUGAUGUACUACCUGUGGAUGUUAAGCUCGAUGGUUCUCUUCUUCAAUCUCCUGGGCAGUCUGGCUUGGUUCACGGUUAAUGUCAAUGCUGGAACGCACUUUGGCCUUUCUAUCCUGUGGUUGCUAAUGUUCACCCCCUGCUCCUUUGUCUGUUGGUAUAGGCCGCUGUACAAGGCAUUCAGGACUGACAGCUCGUUCAAUUUCUUCUCGUUCUUCUUCAUUUUCUCUGUCCAAGACAUUGUGUUUGUUUUGGAGACGGUGGGGAUCCCAGGCUGGGGAUUCUGUGGCUGGAUUUCCUCACUGUCUGCGUUGAAGAGCAACGUAGGCGUGGCUGUCGUCAUGCUGCUGGUCUCGGUUUUAUUCACGGCGUCUGCAGUGCUGGGGGUUGUGAUGCUGAAGCGGGUUCACUCGCUGUACCGGAGGACUGGUGCCAGUUUUCAGAAGGCACAAGAGGAACUGGCAGCUGGAGUCAUGUCAAACCAAACCAUGCGGAAUGCAGCCGGGACUGCUGCUGGAGCAGCUGCACAAAAUGCCUUCCAGCGUAACUGAUGGUGUGAGGCAGCCACACACUCUCCAUCUUAGCUUCAUAUAUUUACAGGAAAAGAAACUCCAAAUGUUCAUACAGCCUCCUUGGCCAAUCGCAGCACCUCCCUGCUGGUUAGCCAAUCAGAAGCUGUGGUUGCUGCUGAGGUUAAAGGUCGUGCCAAAUGAUUGACCGCUGCAUCAUGGGUUUUUAUUGUAUAUUUUUUGUUCUGAAAUCUGUGCACUUUUCAUUCUUGGUUAAUAAACAGAGGCAACUUCUGUAUGUUCAUUGCUCUGAAGCUUA